UUGACACCUCAGCUGAGAAUGAUUGAGAAGCGAAGGGGAAGGAACAAAGCUGAGAGAGUACCAUACUGUUGGCGAUGCCAAUACCCGCUCCCAUCAAUCAAAUAACCCAACGAAAAAAAAAGUGCCGUAAUCCCAUUAAGUAACCCCGCACCAAAAGAUCAACAGUUCAACGGCGAGGCCGCGACCGCUAGAGCCCUCAAACAUCAGUCCUUUCCGAUGACCCCCUUCGAGCAUCUCAAUGGUGGCUACUGGUAUGGCAUUGUCUCGAUGUCCAUAUUUCUCGGGAUCACAACCGUUCAGUCGAGAUUGUAUUUUUUGAAUUUUCCGAAAGAUCCUAUCGUGACGAAAGUCAUGGUUCUAGUGCUAUUGCUGGCCCAGGUUUUCGGCCUCGGAUGCUCUGUCGUUGCCCAGUACCGGAUGGUUAUUACUCACUCAGACUCAGCAGUAAAAGACUCAUGGUAUAACGCGGUGGAUACAGUGAGCACGCUAGUGGCUUCUGUCUUGGUCCAAAAUUUCUUCGCCUGGCGUAUCAGUAAAAUGACCAAGAUAUGGUGGGCGGUGCCCGUCGUCAUGCUUAGCUUACUUGACUUUGGUGUGUAUAUUCGAGGGCAAAUCCAUGCAAACUCACUCGAGCUUCCCAAGUGGGACAGGAACUCCGUCAUUGGUUGGGCUGCAUCCCAAGCCGCCACGGACACUCUGAUUUCCGUAAUAAUGAUUGUCCAGUUGCGUCGCAAUCGAACCGGAUUCCCGAGGACGGAUAGAGCCAUCUCAAUCCUGAUCAGAUAUGCUAUUCAUAGCGGUGCAGCUACUAGUGUUCUCGCCAUGACGGUUCUAUUCCCGUAUAUCUUCUAUGGGAUGCACUUCCUCCAUAUGGCGUCUGUGGCGGCGUUGGGCGGUGUAUACACCAUCACUCUCUGGCCAAGCAAGUCUCACAUUCGCCGAAUAUCACAUACAAGCUCAUCGCUAACUUUUCCACAUCGUCCUUCAGCUUGCAUGCUCGCAGUCACGUCCGGCAAUACCUAUUACCAACCAAAGACGCUGGACAGUCGAUUCACUUAUCCAAAGUACCAGCUCGGGUAAAGGAACGGGUCCUAAAUGCUAUACCCGCUUUGCGAAGUUUUAAUAAGAGUUCGGGGGGUACGUGUGAGCUAUUCGUGUGACGGCAAAGUUUGACAUGCAUCUCCUCGCCCUCGCCUAGCGCCAACCUCAGCUGCAGCUGACUCAGUCGUUUAAGUUCAU